GACAUGGAGAGAUUUUUCCUGCUCGUCCUCGGCUGUCUCGGCGUCUUUCGCGUCACGGCGGAUAGCUUGUCGCCUCCUGUCAAUGUGACCAUCAGAGAGGUGAAAGCGAACUCCGCCGUGGUGUCAUGGGACAUUCCAGAGGGAGACCCUGUCAUCGGCUUUGCCAUCACACAGCAGAAAAAAGAUGUGCGCAUGCUGCGAUUCAUCCAGGAAGUCAACACCACCACACGCUCCUGUGCGUUAUGGGACUUGGAGGAGGAGACGGACUACAUUGUGCACGUUCAGUCUAUCAGCAUGUCUGGGACGAGCCCGCUGAGCGAACCGCUGCGCUUCCGAACCCCGAAGGAAACCGAGACCCAAGCCUCUAAGAGCAAAGACGAAGUGACAAUGGAGGAAGUAGGCCAGACGACCCAGCUGAGAGCAGGGGAGCUCAUUAUAAUUGUGGUGGUACUUAUUAUGUGGGCAGGUGUGAUUGCCCUCUUCUGUCGCCAGUAUGACAUAAUCAAAGACAACGAGCCCAACAACAACAAGGAUAAAGCCAAAAACUCCUCAGAGUGCAGCACUCCUGAGCACCCUUCAGGGGGUCUGUUGCGCAGUAAGGUAUAA